AUGUUCGUCCCACGAGUGCUCCGGCUGAAGGGGACGAAUGAGAAGGCGCGCGAAGCUACUAGACGCCCACCCAGAACACCCGUGACUGAAUUUGCUGCUCAGCCUGAUCAGAACGCUGAUUCUCCCUCUUCUGCAGGUCCUCUAGAAACCGAAGCCGAGUCGCACCAAGCGAAAACGAAACAGAGCACCGAACCGGCGAGCUCUCCCGAGUAUCUGGCGCAAUUGAUUGCGGGAAUUGAGCUGAUAUUCACCGACUAUGCGCACCAAGACCCGGAGAGUGUUCAAUGGCUGCAGGAGCGCUACAGGGUCGUGGAAGGGGAAGAGAAAUAUAUCCACCUCUCAGCCGUUCUGCAACACGAUAAUAUCUCCUCUUUGAAACCCGCCGCCUGCCAACUCAGUCUCCAAAAAGCCAUUCGAAGCAAACGUUCCGACUAUCUUGAGCUCUCGAAGAAUGGCCACUUCGUUCGCCGCCGCCCGGAAACGUAUCCAAUGCGCUUCAUCCCUGAGGACUCCUUCGAGAUCGAAGACGACCAGGGAGUGACAUUCUGGGAUCAGCGCACCAUCUACGUAGAGCCACAUCGGCGUGACCUCUUCAGGACACCUGCGAAGGUCGCGCACUGGCUGAAGGAGCAUGGCGGAAUGAGGGAGAAGUGGCUUCCCAUCCAAGCAGUCAUUCCUCUGUACAACAGCGCUGGUUUCGUGGUUCUCAGUGGCAAUGUCACUCACGAGAGUGUGUGGCGGAAGUGGAGAAGAUCGUACCAGCCCGAUAAAUGGAAGGUCUUGACGAAAGUUGAGCAUAUGCGGCACAGAGAUGAGUAUAUAACGCUGAAGUGGAAGGAGAGGAAGGAAAGGGAGGAAAGGAGAGCGGCGAAGAAGAGAGAAGGGAAGCGGAUGGAGAAGAAAGGAACAAAGAGGAGCAUUGCAGACGCUGGAUUGGAAGAAGAUGACCUGCAUGGAGCUGGAACGAACAUUGAUGAGAAUCAGGAACCCCGGACGACUCCUCUUCCCUACCUGACGAAGCGCAAGAAGACGUCCGCCGCCAGUGAGAGAACCGGCGAUGCAGGAGCAAUGGAUACCCUCGACUCCACAUGA